AUGGGGACGUCCUUAUCCCCGGGGCAGGAGCCCUGGGUGGAUGUGCUGCACCACCUGGCACGGGCACACGGAUUCCAGAGCUCCUACCUCAACCUGCCCGCCCUGCGGAGCUUCCUUGGCAUCCUGGCACGGCGGGUGGGUGAUGCCGAGGGCGGCCGUGCCACCGUCUCCUCCUGCCACAGGUUCAUCGAGAACAACGACAUCCAGGCGCUCUCCAAGGGCACUUUCCGUGGGCUCAAGUCCCUGACACACCUGUCCUUGGCCAACAACAACCUGCAGACGCUGCCCCGGGACCUCUUCAAGCCGUUGGACAUCCUGAGUGACCUGGACCUCCGUGGCAACACGCUGGUCUGCGACUGCAAGAUCAAGUGGCUGGUGGAGUGGCUGGAGAGAACCAACACCACGGUCCCUGCCAUCUUCUGCAGCAGCCCCGGGCAGUUCGAGGGGCAGCGGAUCCGGGACCUGGAGCUCGGUGACUUCCAGUGCAUCACCACAGAUUUCGUGAUGCACCAGGUCCUGCCCUUCCAGGCGGUGUCAGCCGAGCCCUUCACCUACGACAGCGACCUGUACGUGGCCCUGGCACAGCCCAGUGCCAGCAGCUGCUCCAUCCUCAAGUGGGACUACGUGGAGCGCAAACUCCGCGACUUCGACCGCAUCCCCGCUCACUCGGCGGUGCACUGCAAGCCCAUCGUGGCUCAGGACCAGCUCUACGUGGUGGUGGCCCAGCUCUUCGGCGGCUCCUACAUCUACCGCUGGGACACGGCCGUGGACAAGUUCAUCAAGAUCCAGGACAUCGACAGCCAGAAGGUCCGCAAGCCCAACGACAUCGAGGCCUUCCAGAUCGAGGGGGACUGGUGCUCCCACCCUCCCGGCCUUGCCUCUCUGGGAUUUGGUGUCACCGGCGGAGACACCUGCUCGUCCUCGGCCGUGGGGUCCCUGAUGGACCCUCCAGGGUCCGGCCAGCCCGGGACGGCGCUGAGCACCACAUGA